CCCUACACAUCUCCGCUUGCAUGCAACUCACUGAGAGGGAGAGGCGAGCGUGUCCUCCCCUCUCGCAGCCGCCGGCACCUUCAGCCACCAAGGACCUGCUUUUUGCACCUCCAACACCCCCUCCCUUCUUCCCCACCACUCCCUCCCAGAGAGAGAGAGAAAGAGAAAAGGAGACAGAAAGAUUCCGGAAUUUGAGCCUCCCCAAAGAGGAAACAUACCCAGCAAACUCAGUUGAUUAAACAUCAGACAGACAGACAGACAGACCCCAAAUCUUCUGUCCAACGGGAAAGGUCUUUUCUCUGGAGUCCUGGGAGGCAGGUUCCGGGCCGGACCGCCUCUCCCUGGCACCAUGACGCCUGAGCCCACUUCCGUUCGGCCCCGGGCCCUGCUCUGCCUGAGCUCUCAACUUCUGGCUCCUGCCCUCCCUGCGGCCCUCUGCUGCUAGGAGGUCGACCUUCAGGACUGGUCCUUGGCCCGUUUCUACCUUGCGACUGGCUCACCUGACUGCUCGCUCCCCCUGCAUCACGGCCCCCUGACCCCAGCCCUCUCCCCGGCCUCCCUGGCUGGGUCGUUUGGGGGUCUGCUGCCGGGAGGUGGACAUUCCUGAAGGCUUUCACCCGCCGGCCGGCCCGCCGUGUACUUUUCUCCUGCCCAAAUCAAGGCCUCCACAUUGGAUAGCUGAGAUCUCUUCUGGGAGAAGGACACUCGGCUCCCCACUCUGCACCCUCACUUUCCCCUGCCCGCCAGACUGACCGCCUCCACUGCUGCCCCAUCCUCCCCCCGCUGCCUCCUUGCUGAAUUUCUUGCUCGCGGGUGCCCACCAGGGGCUUUCUGGUUCUCGCUCCUCCUUCCUCAUCCUCCUGUCUGUCUGUGUGCCUCCUCGCUCGUGUGUGUGCUCUGUCCCCCAGCCAUCUCCCCUUCCUCUCCGCCUCCCACUUCAAAGGAGGUGGGGCGGGGGGACUGUCCCCCGAGGGCCGUUCCCCACCUCCGGCCCGUCGGGCUUGGCCAGAAUGAGCUUCACCAUGCACUCGGUGUUCUUCACCUUGAAGGUGAGCCUCCUGCUGGGGUCCCUGCUGGGGCUCUGCCUGGGCCUGGAGUUCAUGGGCCUCCCCAACCAGUGGGCGCGCUACCUCCGCUGGGACGCCAGCACGCGCAGUGACCUCAGCUUCCAGCUCAAGACCAACGUGUCCGCGGGGCUGCUGCUCUACCUGGACGACGGCGGCGUCUGCGACUUCCUCUGCCUCUCCCUGGUGGACGGGCGCGUGCAGCUGCGUCUCAGCAUGGACUGCGCGGAGACCGCCGUGCUGUCCGGCGCGCGGGUGGACGACAGCAGCUGGCACUUCGUCAUGGUGAGCCGCGACCGCCUGCGCACCGUGCUGGUGCUCGACGGCGAGGGCCGGGCCGCCGAGCUGCAGCCCCGGCGGCCCUACAUGGACGUGGUCAGCGACCUGUUCCUGGGCGGCGUCCCCGCCGACAUCCGGCCGUCUGCCCUGACCCUCGACGGAGUGCAGGCUGUGCCCGGCUUCAAGGGAUUAAUCUCGGAUCUCAAGUACGGCAGCUCAGAGCCCCGGCUUCUGGGGAGCCAGGGUGUCCAGUUGGAUGCCGAGGGGCCCUGCGGUGAGCGCCCCUGUGAAAAUGGCGGCAUCUGCUUUCUCCUGGAUGGACACCCCACCUGUGACUGUUCUACCACCGGCUAUGGCGGCAAGCUGUGCUCGGAAGAUGUCAGUCAAGGUCCAGGCCUCUCCCACCUCAUGAUGAGUGAACAAGGUAGAAGUAAAGCUCGAGAGGAGAAUGUGGCCACUUUCCGAGGCUCAGAGUACCUGUGCUACGACCUGUCUCAGAACCCGAUCCAGAGCAGCAGUGAUGAAAUCACCCUGUCCUUUAAGACCUGGCAGCGGAACGGGCUUAUCCUGCACACGGGCAAGUCGGCUGACUAUGUCAACCUGGCUCUGAAGGAUGGUGCGGUCUCCUUGGUCAUUAACCUGGGGUCCGGGGCCUUUGAGGCCAUUGUGGAGCCAGUGAAUGGAAAAUUCAAUGACAACGCCUGGCACGAUGUCAAAGUGACACGCAACCUCCGGCAGCACUCAGGCAUCGGACACGCUAUGGUGACCAUCUCUGUGGAUGGGAUCCUUACCACGACAGGCUACACUCAAGAGGACUACACCAUGCUGGGCUCAGACGACUUCUUCUACGUGGGAGGAAGCCCGAGUACCGCUGACUUGCCAGGCUCCCCCGUCAGCAACAACUUCAUGGGCUGCCUUAAAGAGGUUGUUUAUAAGAAUAAUGAUAUCCGUCUGGAGCUGUCUCGCUUGGCCAGGAUUGGGGACACCAAGAUGAAGAUCUAUGGUGAGGUGGUAUUCAAGUGUGAGAAUGUGGCCACACUGGACCCCAUCAACUUCGAGACCCCGGAGGCUUACAUCAGCUUGCCCAAGUGGAACACCAAACGCAUGGGCUCCAUCUCCUUUGACUUUCGCACCACGGAGCCCAACGGCCUGAUCCUCUUCACUCACGGCAAGCCCCAAGAAAGGAAGGAUGCGCGGAGCCAGAAGAACACCAAAGUGGACUUCUUUGCUGUGGAGCUCCUCGACGGCAGCCUGUACCUGCUGCUUGACAUGGGUUCAGGCACCAUUAAAGUGAAAGCCACGCAGAAGAAAGCCAACGAUGGGGAAUGGUACCACGUGGAUAUUCAGCGAGACGGCAGAUCAGGUACCAUAUCAGUGAACAGCAGGCGCACGCCGUUCACCGCCAGCGGGGAGAGCGAGAUCCUCGACCUGGAGGGGGACAUGUACCUGGGCGGGCUGCCAGAGAACCGCGCUGGCCUCAUCCUCCCCACGGAGCUCUGGACCGCCAUGCUCAACUACGGCUACGUGGGCUGCAUCCGCGACCUGUUCAUCGACGGGCGCAGCAAGAACAUCCGGCAGCUGGCGGAGAUGCAGAACGCCGCGGGCGUCAAGUCCUCCUGCUCCCGGAUGAGCGCCAAGCAGUGCGACAGCUACCCCUGCAAGAACAACGCGGUGUGCAAGGAUGGCUGGAACCGCUUCAUCUGCGACUGCACGGGCACCGGCUACUGGGGACGGACCUGCGAGCGGGAGGCGUCCAUCCUGAGCUAUGACGGCAGCAUGUACAUGAAGAUCAUCAUGCCCGUGGUCAUGCACACGGAGGCAGAGGACGUGUCCUUCCGCUUCAUGUCCCAGCGAGCUUACGGGCUGCUGAUGGCCACCACCUCCAGGGACUCUGCCGACACCCUGCGCUUGGAGCUGGAUGGGGGGCGUGUCAAGCUCAUGGUUAACUUAGACUGUAUCAGGAUAAACUGUAACUCCAGCAAAGGACCAGAGACCCUGUAUGCGGGGCAGAAGCUCAACGACAAUGAGUGGCACACCGUCCGGGUGGUGCGGAGAGGAAAAAGCCUCAAGUUAACCGUGGACGACGACGUAGCUGAGGGUACGAUGGUGGGAGACCACACGCGCUUGGAAUUCCACAACAUUGAAACUGGUAUCAUGACCGAGAAGCGCUACAUCUCCGUGGUCCCCUCCAGUUUCAUCGGCCACUUGCAGAGCCUUAUGUUCAAUGGGCUGCUCUACAUCGACCUGUGCAAGAACGGAGACAUCGACUACUGCGAGCUGAAGGCUCGCUUUGGACUGAGGAACAUCAUCGCCGACCCCGUCACCUUCAAGACCAAGAGCAGCUACCUGAGCCUGGCCACCCUGCAGGCCUACACCUCCAUGCACCUCUUCUUCCAGUUCAAGACCACCUCCGCUGAUGGCUUCAUUCUCUUCAACAGCGGUGACGGCAACGACUUCAUUGCCGUUGAGCUAGUCAAGGGGUACAUACACUACGUGUUUGACCUCGGAAAUGGCCCCAAUGUGAUCAAAGGCAAUAGUGACCGCCCCUUGAAUGACAACCAGUGGCAUAACGUCGUCAUCACCAGGGACAACAGCAACACCCACAGCCUGAAAGUGGACACUAAGGUGGUCACUCAAGUUAUCAAUGGUGCCAAAAAUCUGGAUUUGAAAGGUGACCUCUACAUGGCAGGUCUGGCCCAAGGCAUGUACAGCAACCUGCCAAAGCUCGUGGCCUCCCGGGAUGGCUUCCAGGGCUGCCUGGCAUCCGUGGACUUGAACGGGCGCCUGCCGGACCUCAUCAACGAUGCCCUCCAUCGCAGUGGGCAGAUUGAACGUGGCUGUGAAGGUACCACCUCUGUCUUUUUAAGCUGCAGCCUGGUUGCAAGCCUCUUUGCUGCCUCGCCAGUGCUCCUUCAUCGGUUUACCUUCCAUCCCCUUUCCCGUCUGACCCUGCAUCACCAUCGGGGUCCUCUUGUCUCUGGCUGAGUAUGUCA